GCGCGGAGGGGUAGGGGGCGCAGUGGCCGCGGCGCGAAGGCGCUGGGCGCGGGUGCGGGCGCGGGCGUGGGCGCCGACGGUUGGCUCGCGGUAGGGAUGCCCGGGGCCGGAGCCCGGGCGGAAGAAGGCGAGAGCAGCGGCGGCGAGGGCGCGGCGCAGGGGGCGGCCGCGGAGCCCGGGGCGGGUGCCGUGCGGGAGCCAGCGCGGCUGUGCGGCUACCUGCAGAAGCUGUCGGGCAAGGGCCCGCUUCGCGGCUACCGCAGCCGCUGGUUCGUGUUCGACGCGCGCCGCUGCUACCUCUACUACUUCAAGAGCCCGCAGGACGCGUUGCCUCUCGGCCACCUGGACAUCGCGGACGCCUGCUUCAGCUACCAGGGUCCCGACGAGGCGGCGGAGCCGGGCGCGGAGCCGCCCGCACACUUCCAGGUGCACACCGCGGGAGCCGUCACGGUGCUCAAGGCUCCCAAUCGCCAGCUCAUGACUUACUGGUUGCAGGAGCUUCAGCAGAAGAGAUGGGAAUAUUGUAACAGUCUUGACAUGGUCAAGUGGGACAGCGGGACCUCUCCAACUCCUGGGGAUUUUCCUAAGGGUCUUGUAGCCAGAGAUAACACCGAUUUAAUUUACCCACACCCAAAUGCUUCUGCAGAAAAAGCCAGAAAUGUCCUGGCUGUGGAAACUGUACCUGGAGAGCUGGUGGGAGAACAAGCUGCAAAUCAGCCAGCCCCAGGACAUCCAAAUUCCAUUAAUUUUUACUCUUUGAAACAGUGGGGCAAUGAGCUCAAAAAUUCAAUGUCUUCUUUCCGUCCUGGGAGGGGCCAUAAUGAUAGUCGGAGGACUGUGUUUUAUACCAAUGAAGAGUGGGAACUUUUAGACCCAACCCCUAAGGACCUAGAGGAGUCCAUAGUGCAGGAGGAAAAGAAGAAGCCGACCCCUGAAGGAAACAAAGGAGUAACUGGCUCAGGAUUCCCCUUUGAUUUUGGACGUAACCCUUACAAAGGAAAGCGCCCUCUGAAAGACAUAAUUGGGUCGUACAGAAAUCGUCACAGCAGUGGUGAUCCUUCAAGUGAAGGCACACCAGGCAGUGGCAGUGUCAGCAUCAGCAUCAGGAAGCCAGCCUCUGAAAUGCAACUGCAGGUCCAGAGCCAGCAGGAAGAGCUGGAACGGUUAAAGAAAGACCUGUCCAGUCAGAAGGAGCUUGUUCGACUGCUCCAGCAGACAGUCCGGUCAUCCCAGUAUGACAAAUAUUUCACUAGCAGCCGGCUCUGCGAGGGGGUCCCAAAGGACACGCUUGAGCUUCUGUACCAAAAGGAUGAUCACAUUCUGGGCCUCACCAGCCAGCUGGAGAGGUUCAACCUGGAGAAGGAGAGUCUUCAGCAGGAAGUGAGGACGCUGAAGAGCAAAGUGGGCGAGCUCAACGAGCAGCUGGGGAUGCUGAUGGAGACCAUCCAAGCCAAGGAUGAGGUCAUCAUCAAGCUCAGCGAGGGCGAUGGCAGCGGGCCUCUGACCAUGGCACCCGGCUCCCCUUCCACUGCACCUGUUGGCAGGGACCAGCUGGAACUGGACAGGCUGAAAGAUAAUCUACAAGGGUACAAAACCCAAAACAAAUUUCUAAAUAAGGAGAUUUUGGAACUCUCAGCUCUACGAAGAAAUGCAGAAAGGAGAGAGAGAGAUCUCAUGGCGAAGUAUUCUAGCCUGGAAGCCAAGCUCUGCCAGAUAGAAAGUAAAUACCUGAUACUGCUCCAAGAAAUGAAGACACCAGUGUGCUCAGAAGACCAGGGGCCCACCCGGGAGGUCAUAGCCCAGUUGCUGGAGGAUGCUCUGCAGGUUGAGAGCCAAGAACAGCCAGAGCAAGCAUUUGUUAAACCUCAUCUUGUCAGUGAAUAUGAUAUUUAUGGGUUCAGGACUGUACCUGAGGAUGAUGAGGAAGAGAAGUUGGUCGCCAAGGUCCGUGCGUUGGACCUGAAGACUCUCUACCUGACAGAAAACCAGGAAGUCUCCACUGGGGUCAAGUGGGAAAACUAUUUUGCGAGUACAGUGAACAGGGAGAUGAUGUGCUCUCCAGAAUUAAAAAACCUGAUCCGUGCGGGCAUUCCCCACGAGCACCGUUCCAAGGUAUGGAAGUGGUGUGUGGACCGUCACACCAGGAAGUUCAAGGACAACACUGGGCCUGGCCACUUCCAGACCUUGCUGCAGAAGGCGCUGGAGAAACAGAACCCAGCCUCCAAGCAGAUUGAGUUGGAUUUGCUGCGAACUCUGCCCAACAACAAACAUUACUCCUGUCCCACCUCGGAAGGCAUACAGAAGUUACGCAAUGUCCUCCUCGCCUUCUCCUGGCGGAAUCCAGACAUUGGGUACUGCCAAGGCCUAAACAGGUUGGUGGCAGUGGCCCUCCUGUACCUGGAACAAGAAGAUGCUUUCUGGUGUCUCGUUACCAUAGUGGAAGUUUUCAUGCCUCGAGACUAUUACACAAAGACUCUUUUAGGAUCGCAGGUGGACCAGCGGGUGUUCAGAGACCUCAUGAGUGAGAAGCUGCCUCGGUUGCAUGCCCACUUUGAACAGUAUAAAGUUGACUACACCCUCAUCACUUUCAACUGGUUUCUGGUGGUGUUUGUGGAUAGUGUCGUUAGUGACAUCCUCUUUAAAAUAUGGGACUCUUUCCUUUAUGAGGGACCAAAGGUUAUUUUCCGUUUUGCCCUGGCACUUUUUAAGUACAAGGAAGAGGAGAUCUUGAAACUGCAGGAUUCGAUGUCCAUAUUCAAGUAUCUCCGCUACUUCACUCGCACUAUCCUCGAUGCUAGGAAGCUGAUCAGUAUCUCCUUUGGGGACCUGAACCCCUUCCCCCUGCGCCAGAUCCGGAACCGACGCGCCUACCACUUGGAGAAGGUCCGACUGGAGCUGACUGAGCUGGAGGCCAUCCGCGAGGACUUCCUGCGUGAGCGGGACACCAGCCCUGACAAGGGUGAGCUGGUCAGCGAUGAGGAGGAGGAUACCUGACCUUCUCCACCUGAGUGGGCCCCUGGACGCUGCUCUUGCUGCCUUCAAACCAAAGUAUGCCCAAAGGGUGAAAACGCACUUAAAAGCCAGAAUGUAAUGUGUCUGGCCUCUGGGAAUCUGCUGGGCGGAUGUCCAAAGCCAGACUGCACUUCCUCACCUCCCACUGCGUGGGGACAGGGCUGGAUGGUUGAAUCUGUUUACAGCCAUAUCCACGCCAUGGCUUCUGGUUACAUGUAUCCCAGUCAGGUUUCUGCCUGAUUGCUGGUGGAACGUCGGGCUUACCAGUGCUGUUUGCAAGAGCCUGUUUCCAGCCCCCGUCAGCCCGGCAGUGCUCUGGCCCCCUGAAACCUUGCUUUGCUGGGCGUCUCCCCUUGUUCUCUCUCCUGCACAUGAUGGGCAGUCGUGUGGGGUUUUGAAUGGCAGUGCUGUGUAGGAUGCCCACUGUGCUUCAGGCACCUGUAGGCCAGAGGGUUGCUGCCUCAGGCAUAAGGUUGGUAUGAAAAUGAACUUAUGCUUAGAAAAGCAGGCACAUUCUUGUUCAGAAACGGCCACCAUAGAAAACCCGUGAACCUUCCGCUGGUGCUUUAAGCUGCCAGCCAUGCGCCAUUUCUUGAAUAGCCUUUGCUCUGUCUAUCCAGAUGUCCACCCUCACUUCUCAUGGCCAGCCUGGGUUUGCACAUUGCUGGGCUGCCCUGUCCCCAGCUUGCCCCGUGUCUGGCACGGCUCUGUGAGAUUCUGUGUAAUGCCCUCUUGACUUUCAUUCACCAGGUAUGAGGAGGUGGGAUUCCAAGUAAAUGGUGGACCAUCACAUUGCAAAGCAGGCCUACCCCCAGGCUCCCUGGGCUGACCUUGGUUGAGGGGAAGGAGGAAUCUUUUGGGGGUGCUUUGCAGGGCAGUGGUACAGCUGCAGCAUGAACGCUCUUGGACAGCUGAAAAGCUUGGCCUCCUUGGGGAUGGCCAGUGCUCCUCCUGACUGGGUUGUGCAGGAGGCCGGCUGCCAGCACUGGGGCUUCAGAGACUCCUGUGCUUGGGGCGCAGGCUUGGGGAGCUCUCCCAGAUGUGUGCCCUCCCCACCAUUGCCUAGAAGCAUCUUGUUCUCUGCAAGGAUGCAGGGUCACAUCCCAGUUCCCUUCAGCAGUUUCUGGGAACUCGGAGGACUGCCUUUCUGAAGGCUGGAGAGGCUUUGAGCAAGGAGCUUACUUUUGUUCAGUCCCCCAGACCAUCCCUGAUGCGCAGAUGUGACAGGGUGUUUUCUGGCACAGUCUUGUUAAAAUACAAGAGAAACGGUCUCAGUGGAAUGUUUCACAUUACCUGAAAAAAAACGAAAUCAUCCUUGGUUGAUAGGAACGCAGUGAGACUAAGAAUCGAAGCAAUGCAGUUUUAAGAAGUAUCUUUUUCCUGUUUCUUUCUGCCGGUGACUUUCUAGCACUGCCGCGCGAAGUUGGUGUUUCAGCACGCUAGACCGAGCCUCGGCUCCAUGUCUUUAGUGGAAUUGUUAGUGUUUCUCUGUGUAGAGGGGCUGGCUUCCAUGUUUAGCCAAAAAGCCUUUGCCUGUUUCAGGCAUCAGAAAUGGGUUUUGUCAUUGUCUUUGUCUUUGAGAGCAGCAGAUUCCUGAAGGAGUAUGUCCUGUGAGCUGGGCGUUGCAUCUGCUCCAAUCGAGUGUUGGAAUCCCACCCCCCAGCCCAUCGUGAAGUGGCAGCUGUCAGCCUGGGGGCGGCUGCUCAGGAGGUGCAGCGGGAAUGGGGCUAAGCCUGUGAGCCGGCUCCAGCUGCCCUCAGGUUUUACUUUCCAAGCCAAAGGCCCCUGGAACAUGCCAGCACACACCGCCGUGUCCUGGGGCUAAGACGCUGCCUUAGGGACAGGCUCAUGUUGUCUGGUUUGCUCUGUGAGUCCUGCCUGACCGGAGGCCUGUUGUAGCUGCAGCCUGAGGUGCAAUGUUAGUGUUUCCAGACAGUUGCCAGCGCUGCCAGGCAGUGUGUGUGCGAGGGCAGGAGAUGUCCUGGAGGAAAGGGACUGGGGACGCUUUCCUGGAGGUUCUCCCUGGAAUGAAGUUCUGUGUGUCCAGAAUGUGAGAGAGGGCGGCUCCUUCUGAUUUAGAUGAACUAAAUUCUCCUUCCAACUGAUGGCCCCACUCUUUCGGGCUAAUAUUUCUCCUCCCUCGUGUCAUUGAGAAAAGAGCUGCUGUGUCCUCUCCAGGGCCCAAAGGUCCCUGGCCUCCACCGGCUGCCACAGCAGGGGGCCAUUCUGGCAGGGGCUUCCGCAUGCUGCUGUUCCUCCUCCGAACCUUCGCCCCAGCACCCAGCCCAUGGCCCCUGCAAGGGGGACCUUGCUGGCUGUUAAACCCAAAGGGCGGCCUCCACCCCCUGUCCAAAUGCGCAUGCCAGGACCCGGGCCUCCCUCCCACCUGCUGGGAAUUGCCAAUUUUUAAAUGGAUGGGGUUUUUUUAUGGGUUGAAUCUCUCUGUUAAUACUUUUGUAUAUUUUUACUACAGUUUAUAUUUUUUUAGGCUAUUUUCUCAAGGUGUCUCCAGAUUCCACAUAUCUAUUUUAUAUAACAAGUUCUUACGUUGUGUGUGUGACUCCCUGGUGUCUAUCUGUGCCAGCCUGAGCCUCCGAGUUGCUCUUCCCUCCGGCCCUGACUCUCACUGACUCACUGAUGUGAUGUGCGGCCCACUUCUCACCCAGGUAGCCUCAGUCGCUGCCUGUCGCCAUGCUAACAGCUGUACAGUAGCAGCCAAGACUGUUGCUGGCUGGAGGCGGUUCUGGCUUCAACUGCAGUGUGCUAAUGUAGCAAAUGUGCUAGUCAGAUCCUCGGUUGGGUUUUCUGACCACGUGCUUGUGUCGCACAGAUCCCACCUGCCAUCCUAUAGUGUUAUCUUCCUGUGUGUUCCCAGGCUUCUGGGCAGCUGGGCCUGCCCCAGGGAAAUGCUUGCAGGUGGGAGCCCAUACAGAGACCCAGUGUGCGCCCCUGAGAGUCCACCGCUGCUGGGCGACUGCAGGACGCCAGGGGGCGCCCAGUGACUCUGUCCUUUUAUAUCACAGCAGCGCCUGUGCUGACCUUCAAGUUACACUUUGGAAUUACAAUACUAAAGGAAGAAAUAAACUACUAAUUUUGUAUAAUA